AUGCAAUUGCACCAGAUUGCUGUCUCUUUUAUUGCCUCCAACAGAAAAUAUGUCCGGCAUUCGAACGAGGGCAAAAAUAACGCUUUUCAAGCGGUCCAGCUCACCUCUCGCCUGCCGGCCGGCGUCUAUCCGGCCGACACUCUACUGGCCGCCGGCUCGACGCCACCGGUCCGAUCGAUCGCUGCGCUGCUGCACUGGCCACUAGUCGAGCGACGCUCUGGCAUCAGCACAGGCCGGGCCGAGCAGGGCCGAGCGGGGCCGAGCGGGGCCGGGCAGCUGGGCAGAACGGUCGUGUCGGAAUGGGCCUCCGGAUUGGGAGCAGCGGCAUGCCACCGCGGCGGCGCGCGCGAGGGGCGGCCUCGAAGCCUGCGAACCGACGGCUGA